AUGCCGGUGUCCCUGGAGCUGCGGCUGCUGCUGCUGGCGCUGGCGCUGCGGGGGGAGGCGGUGCCACCCCCGGUGCCACCCCCGGUGUCCCCCCCGGUGUCCCCAUCGGUGUCCCCGUCGGUGUCCCCUGUCCCCGGGCCGUGCGGGGCCGCGCUGGCCGAUGUGCUGCGGCGGCUGCGGGAGCUCGAGGGACACGUGCAGGCGCUGAGGGGACACUGCGGGGACACGGCGGGACCGCAGGCCGGGACAGGCCGCUCCGUCCAGCUCUGCGCCCCUCCCGAGGGCGGUGCCUGCGCUUGCCCCGCCCCCUCGGGCGAGGCCCCGCCCCCGGCCCCGCCCCGCCCCGCGUGCCCGCGCGGCUGCAGCGACCAGGGCCGGUGCGAGCGGGGGCGCUGCCGCUGCUUCCCGGGCUGGAGCGGCCCCGACUGCGGCACGGCGGCGUGCGCGCCGGGCUGGGGCGGCGCCCGCUGCCACGUGGAGAUGCCGUGGGUGUCCCCCCGCCUGGCCUCCCGCACGCCGACGUCGCUGCGCAUCACGUGGGCCCAGCCCGCGGUGCCGCCCGACGGCUACCGGGUGACACUGGUGCCACUGGAUGACCCGGUGGCCAUGACGACGCACGAACUGCCCAGCUCUGCCGUCGCCUUCUCGGUGACAGGGCUGUCCCCAGGCCGCCCCUUCGAGCUGCUGGUCCAGGCCCGGCGGGGGCCACACCUGGGGGCACCCGGGGUCCUGCGGCUGCGCACAGCGCUCACCCCGUCUGUGCCCCACCACGAGGGGUCCCCGGCGUCACCUCAGGGCUCCCUGGGGUCCCCAGCAGUGGCACCGCCAGCCCGAGGACCCCCAGAGUCCCCAGGGUCACCGGUGUCACCCCUGUCACCAGACUUGUCCCUGGGGUCACCCGGCUCCUUGGGGUCACCAGCAUCUGCCAAGGUUCCAGCAUCUCCAGCAGCUCGAGGGUCCCUGGGAUCGCCAGCACCCGCGAGGUCACCGGUGCCACCAGAGUCCCCAGUGUCACCAGAGUCACCAGUGUCACCAGUGUCACCAGAGUCCCCAGGGUCACCAGUGUCACCAGAGUCACCAGGGUCACCGGUGUCACCAGAGUCACCAGGGUCACCGGUGCCACCAGAGUCACCAGAGUCCCCAGGGUCACCGGUGUCACCAGAGUCCCCAGGGUCACCGGUGUCACCAGAGUCCCCAGAAUCCCCAGGGUCACCAGGAUCCCCGGGGUCAUCCGUGUCCCCAGUGUCCCCAGAGUUCCCAAUGUCCCCAGAGUCCCCAGAGUUCCCAGAGCUGCCAGUGUCCCCAGUGUCCCCAGGGUCCCCAGGGUCCCCAGUGUCCCCAGGGUCUCCUCCAUCCCCGUGGUCCCCAGUGUCCCCAGCGUCCCACGAUCUGCCAGUGUCCCCAGGGUCCCCAGUGUCCCCAGGGUCCCCAGUGUCCCCAGGGUCCCCAGGGUCCCCUCCACCCCCGUGGUCCCCAGAGUCCCCAUGGUCCCCCCUGUCCCCAGGCGUCCCCUCCCUGCAGGAGCUGGUGGCCCGGCUGUCCCCGUACAGUGGCUCGCUGCUGCAGCGCCUCGAGAGCCACCUCCGGGCCACCAAGUUCCCUCUGCGUGGCAACCAGACGGUGACAGGGGUGGCCCGUGCCAUCCUGGCCUACGUCCUGCGGCGGCACCCGGGCCUGGGGACAGCGCGGGGACACACAGGGGACGGUGGAAACCAGGUGGAAGUGCUGGAAUGGGGCGACUUGGACAGGAUGAAGGUGAUGGAGCCGUGGAGGGACGUGGGGAAAACAGUCAGCGCCGAGCCAGAAAAGCAGCGUCCAUCCCGGCCAGCCCUGGGUGACCUCAGUGUCACCAGUGUCACCCCCAGCUCUGUGGAGCUGCACUGGAGCGUCCCCGAGGGCUCCUUUGACUCCUUCACGCUGCAGUACCGGGAUGCCCAGGGCCAGCCCCAGGCCCUGCCCAUCGAUGGCGGCUCCCGCUGGGUGACAGUGCCAGGGCUGUCCCCGUCCCGCCGGUACCGCUUCCACCUCUACGGGCUCCGGGGUGAGAAGAGGAUCGACCGUGUGUCCACUGAUGUCAUCACAGCUGCAGAAGAGCCAGAGGAGAUGCUCGUGCCCUCAGAGGAGCAAAAACAUGAGAAACUUCAAACUGAGAGGCCCCCAUCUGAGGCCCCCCUGGUGCAGGCAGUGCUGGGUGACCUCAGUGUCACCAGUGUCACCCCCAGCUCUGUGGAGCUGCACUGGAGCGUCCCCGAGGGCUCCUUUGACUCCUUCACGCUGCAGUACCGGGAUGCCCAGGGCCAGCCCCAGGCCCUGCCCAUCGAUGGCGGCUCCCGCUGGGUGACAGUGCCAGGGCUGUCCCCGUCCCGCCGGUACCGCUUCCACCUCUACGGGCUCCGGGGCAGGAAGAAGAUCGACCAUGUGUCCACCGAGGCCGUGACAGGCACAGAAGAGCCAGAGGAGAUGCUCGUGCCCUCAGAGGAGCAAAAACAUGAGAAACUUCAAACUGAGAGGCCCCCAUCUGAGGCGCCCCUGGUGCGGGCAGUGCUGGGGGAGCUGAGGGUCUCCAGUGUCACAUCCAACUCUGUGGAGCUGCACUGGAGCGUCCCCGAGGGCUCCUUUGACUCCUUCACGCUGCAGUACCGGGAUGCCCAGGGCCAGCCCCAGGCCCUGCCCAUCGAUGGCGGCUCCCGCUGGGUGACAGUGCCAGGGCUGUCCCCGUCCCGCCGGUACCGCUUCCACCUCUACGGGCUCCGGGGCAGGAAGAAGAUCGACCAUGUGUCCACCGAGGCCGUGACAGGGGUUGAAGAAGAGCCAGAGGAACAGACCCUGCCCUCAGAGGAACCACAGCAGGAGAAACCCCAAACUGAGGCCCCCACACCUGAGGCCACUCCAGCACUGGGAGACCUGAGGGUGUCUGGUUUCACAUCCAACUCUGUGGGGCUGCACUGGAGCGUCCCCGAGGGCUCCUUUGACUCCUUCACGCUGCAGUACCGGGAUGCCCAGGGCCAGCCCCAGGCCCUGCCCAUCGAUGGCGGCUCCCGCUGGGUGACAGUGCCAGGGCUGUCCCCGUCCCGCCGGUACCGCUUCCACCUCUACGGGCUCCGGGGAGGCAAAAGGAUUGACCGCGUCUCCACCGACGCUGUCACAGGAGCUGCAGAAGAGCCAGAGGAACAGCCCCUGCCCACAGAGGAACCGCAGCAGGAGAAACCCCAAACUGAGGCCCCCACACCUGAGGCCACUCCAGCACUGGGAGACCUGAGGGUGUCUGGUGUCACAUCCAACUCUGUGGGGCUGCACUGGAGCGUCCCCGAGGGCUCCUUUGACUCCUUCACGCUGCAGUACCGGGAUGCCCAGGGCCAGCCCCAGGCCCUGCCCAUCGAUGGCGGCUCCCGCUGGGUGACAGUGCCAGGGCUGUCCCCGUCCCGCCGGUACCGCUUCCACCUCUACGGGCUCCGGGGCAGGAAGAAGAUCGACCGUGUCUCUAUUGACAUUAUCACAGGAGCUGCAGAAGAGCCAGAGGAACAGCCCCAGCCCACAGAGGAACCGCAGCAGGAGAAACCCCAAACUGAGGCCCCCACACCUGAGGCCACUCCAGCACUGGGAGACCUGAGGGUGUCUGGUGUCACCUCCAGCUCUGUGGAGCUGCACUGGAGCGUCCCCGAGGGCUCCUUUGACUCCUUCACGCUGCAGUACCGGGAUGCCCAGGGCCAGCCCCAGGCCCUGCCCAUCGAUGGCGGCUCCCGCUGGGUGACAGUGCCAGGGCUGUCCCCGUCCCGCCGGUACCGCUUCCACCUCUACGGGCUGCGGGGGGGCAAAAGGAUUGACCGCGUCUCCACCGACGCUGUCACAGGGUCAUUUGACUCCUUCCUGCUGCAGUACCGGGAUGCCCAGGGCCAGCCCCAGGCCCUGCCCAUCGAUGGCGGCUCCCGCUCGGUGACAGUGCCAGGGCUGUCCCCUUCCCAGUGGUACCGCUUCCACCUCUGUGGUUUGCAGGGAAAGAAGAAGAUCGAUCGUGUGUCCACCGAUGUCAUGACAGGAGCUGCAGAAGAGCCAGAAGAACAGCCCUGGCCCACAGAGCAGCCACAGCAGGAGAAACCCCAAACUGAGGCCCCCACACCUGAGGCACCCCCAGCACAGGCAGUGCUGGAAGACCUGAAAGUCUCCAGUGUCACCUCCAGCUCUGUGGAGCUGCACUGGAGCGUCCCCGAGGGCUCCUUUGACUCCUUCACGCUGCAGUACCGGGAUGCCCAGGGCCAGCCCCAGGCCCUGCCCAUCGAUGGCGGCUCCCGCUGGGUGACAGUGCCAGGGCUGUCCCCGUCCCGCCUUUCAACCGAGGUCAUGACAGGAGCUGCAGAAGAGCCAGAGGAACAGCCCCUGCCCACAGAGGAACCGCAGCAGGAGAAACCCCAAACUGAGGCCCCCACACCUGAGGCCACUCCAGCACUGGGAGACCUGAGGGUGUCUGGUGUCACCUCCAACUCUGUGGGGCUGCACUGGAGCGUCCCCGAGGGCUCCUUUGACUCCUUCACGCUGCAGUACCGGGAUGCCCAGGGCCAGCCCCAGGCCCUGCCCAUCGAUGGCGGCUCCCGCUGGGUGACAGUGCCAGGGCUGUCCCCGUCCCGCCGGUACCGCUUCCACCUCUACGGGCUCAGGGGCAGGAAGAAGAUCGACCAUGUCUCUAUUGACAUUAUCACAGGAGCUGCAGAAGAGCCAGAGGAACAGCCCCUGCCCACAGAGGAACCGCAGGAUGAGAAACCCCAAACUGAGGCCCCCACACCUGAGGCCACUCCAGCACUGGGAGACCUGAGGGUCUCCAGUGUCACCCCCAGCUCUGUGGAGCUGCACUGGAGCGUCCCCGAGGGCUCCUUUGACUCCUUCACGCUGCAGUACCGGGAUGCCCAGGGCCAGCCCCAGGCCCUGCCCAUCGAUGGCGGCUCCCGCUGGGUGACAGUGCCAGGGCUGUCCCCGUCCCGCCGGUACCGCUUCCACCUCUACGGGCUCCGGGGAGGCAAAAGGAUUGACCGCGUCUCCACCGACGCUGUCACAGCCACUGAAGAACCCUUGCCCUCAGAGGAGCCCCAACAGGAGAAGCCCAAAACUGAGUCCCCGGCACCUGAAGCACCCCCAGCACGGGCAGAGCUGGGGGAUCUGAAGGUCUCCAGUGUCACAUCCAACUCUGUGGAGCUGCACUGGAGCGUCCCCGAGGGCUCCUUUGACUCCUUCACGCUGCAGUACCGGGAUGCCCAGGGCCAGCCCCAGGCCCUGCCCAUCGAUGGCGGCUCCCGCUGGGUGACAGUGCCAGGGCUGUCCCCUUCCCAGUGGUACCGCUUCCACCUCUGUGGUUUGCAGGGAAAGAAGAAGAUCGAUCGUGUGUCCACCGAUGUCAUGACAGGAGCUGCAGAAGAGCCAGAAGAACAGCCCUGGCCCACAGAGCAGCCACAGCAGGAGAAACCCCAAACUGAGGCCCCCACACCUGAGGCCACUCCAGCACUGGGAGACCUGAGGGUGUCUGGUGUCACCUCCAGCUCUGUGGAGCUGCACUGGAGCGUCCCCGAGGGCUCCUUUGACUCCUUCACGCUGCAGUACCGGGAUGCCCAGGGCCAGCCCCAGGCCCUGCCCAUCGAUGGCGGCUCCCGCUGGGUGACAGUGCCAGGGCUAUCCCCGUCCCGCCGGUACCGCUUCCACCUCUACGGGCUCCGGGGUGAGAGGAAGAUUAUCCACAUUUCAACCGAGGUCAUGACAGCACUGGGAGACCUGAGGGUGUCUGGUGUCACCCCCAGCUCUGUGGGGCUGCAGUGGAGCGUCCCCGAGGGCUCCUUUGACUCCUUCACGCUGCAGUACCGGGAUGCCCAGGGCCAGCCCCAGGCCCUGCCCAUCGAUGGCGGCUCCCGCUGGGUGACAGUGCCAGGGCUGUCCCCGUCCCGCCGGUACCGCUUCCACCUCUACGGGCUCUGGGGCAGGAAGAAGAUCGACCGUGUCUCUAUUGACAUUAUCACAGGAGCUGCAGAAGAGCCAGAGGAACAGCCCCUGCCCACAGAGGAACCGCAGCAGGAGAAACCCCAAACUGAGGCCCCCACACCUGAGGCCACUCCAGCACUGGGAGACCUGAGGGUGUCUGGUGUCACCCCCAGCUCUGUGGAGCUGCACUGGAGCGUCCCCGAGGGCUCCUUUGACUCCUUCACGCUGCAGUACCGGGAUGCCCAGGGCCAGCCCCAGGCCCUGCCCAUCGAUGGCGGCUCCCGCUGGGUGACAGUGCCAGGGCUGUCCCCGUCCCGCCGGUACCGCUUCCACCUCUACGGGCUCCGGGGCAGGAAGAAGAUCGACCAUGUGUCCACUGAGGUCGUGACAGGAGCUGCAGAAGAGCCAGAGGAACAGCCCCUGCCCACAGAGGAACCGCAGCAGGAGAAACCCCAAACUGAGGCCCCCACACCUGAGGCCACUCCAGCACUGGGAGACCUGAGGGUGUCUGGUGUCACAUCCAGCUCUGUGGGGCUGCACUGGAGCGUCCCCGAGGGCUCCUUUGACUCCUUCACGCUGCAGUACCGGGAUGCCCAGGGCCAGCCCCAGGCCCUGCCCAUCGAUGGCGGCUCCCGCUGGGUGACAGUGCCAGGGCUGUCCCCGUCCCGCCGGUACCGCUUCCACCUCUACGGGCUCAGGGGAGGCAAAAGGAUUGACCGCGUCUCCACCGACGCUGUCACAGCCAGUGAAGAACCCUCGCCCUCAGUGGAGCCUCAAGAGGAGAAGCCCCAAACUGAGUCCCCGGCACCUGAGGCACCUCCAGCAAGAGCAGAGCUGGGUGACCUCAGUGUCACCAGUGUCACCCCCAGCUCUGUGGAGCUGCACUGGAGCGUCCCCGAGGGCUCCUUUGACUCCUUCACGCUGCAGUACCGGGAUGCCCAGGGCCAGCCCCAGGCCCUGCCCAUCGAUGGCGGCUCCCGCUGGGUGACAGUGCCAGGGCUGUCCCCGUCCCGCCGGUACCGCUUCCACCUCUACGGGCUCCGGGGCAGGAAGAAGAUCGACCAUGUGUCCAUCGAGGCCGUGACAGCUGACUCAGAGGAUCUGUCCCCACCCUCAAUGGACACCCCAACUGGGGGCCCCCCAGAUGAGGAUCACGAAACUGCACAUCCCCAAACUGAGGCCCCUCCAUCUGCAGCCCCCACAGCACGGGCAGAGCUGGGGGAGCUGAGGGUCUCCAGUGUCACCCCCAGCUCUGUGGAGCUGCACUGGAGCGUCCCCGAGGGCUCCUUUGACUCCUUCACGCUGCAGUACCGGGAUGCCCAGGGCCAGCCCCAGGCCCUGCCCAUCGAUGGCGGCUCCCGCUGGGUGACAGUGCCAGGGCUGUCCCCGUCCCGCCGGUACCGCUUCCACCUCUACGGGCUCCGGGGCAGGAAGAAGAUCGACCACGUGUCCACUGAGGCCGUGACAGCCAGUGAAGAACCCUCGCCCUCAGUGGAGCCUCAAGAGGAGAAGCCCCAAACUGAGUCCCCGGCAUCUGAGGCACCUCCAGCAAGAGCAGCCCUGGGUGACCUCAGUGUCACCAGUGUCACCCCCAGCUCUGUGGAGCUGCACUGGAGCGUCCCCGAGGGCUCCUUUGACUCCUUCACGCUGCAGUACCGGGAUGCCCAGGGCCAGCCCCAGGCCCUGCCCAUCGAUGGCGGCUCCCGCUGGGUGACAGUGCCAGGGCUGUCCCCGUCCCGCCGGUACCGCUUCCACCUCUACGGGCUGCAAGGUGGGAAAAGGAUUGACCGCGUUUCCAUCGACGUCAGCACAGCAGCCACAGGAGAGCCAGAGGAGCCGCCCUUCCCCUCAGAGGAGCCCCACACUGAAGCCCCACCAACCGAGGACAACCACCCUGAGCACCCCCAAACUGAUGUCCCCCUGGCACGGGCGGUGCUGGGUGACCUCAGUGUCACCAAUGUCACCCCCAGCUCUGUGGAGCUGCACUGGAGCGUCCCCGAGGGCUCCUUUGACUCCUUCACGCUGCAGUACCGGGAUGCCCAGGGCCAGCCCCAGGCCCUGCCCAUCGAUGGCGGCUCCCGCUGGGUGACAGUGCCAGGGCUGUCCCCGUCCCGCCGGUACCGCUUCCACCUCUACGGGCUCCGGGGCAGGAAGAAGAUCGACCAUGUGUCCACUGAGGCCGUGACAGGAGCUGCAGAAGAGCCAGAGGAACAGCCCCUGCCCACAGAGGAACCGCAGCAGGAGAAACCCCAAACUGAGGCCACCACGGGCGCCCUCGGGACCCUCCGCGUGGACUCGCUGUGGCCCCGCAGCGCCCGCCUGCGCUGGGACCCCCCGAGCGCCCCCGCCGGCGGCUUCGAGCUGGAGUACGGCCCCCGAGGGGGACCCCGAAAGCGGCUGCGGCUGCCCCCCGAGUCCCGGCAGCAGCAGCUGUGGGGGCUGGAGCCCGCGGGCGUUUAUGGGGUGCGCCUGUGGGGGCACCCCCAAACCCAGCCCCCCCUGGAGGCCACCUUCGAGACCCCCCCGCUGCCGUUCCCGCACCCCCGGGACUGCGCCCAGGAGCAGCUGAACGGCCCCGGGCCCUCGCGCGUCGCCCUCAUCUUCCUCAGCGGGGACCCGGCCCGGCCGCUGCGCGUCUUCUGCGACAUGGACACCGAUGGCGGGGGAUGGGUG